AUGUCCACAAGUGAUGUCUUUGCCGUCAAGGGCAGCUUGACUGCCAUCCCCAUCGAAUGGGACAAAACACACUUUGUCCCUCUGGUGACCCUGGUUGCUUCUAUGUUCGUUGCCUUUCACAUCGCGCAAGCCGUAUACCGCUUUUGGUUCCAUCCGCUGUCCGGGUACCCAGGUCCUGUCCUCUUCUCUAUCUUUUACCUCCCCUACCUAUACCAGAGCUACAUCAAGGGGCGAUGGAUCUUCCGGACCACAGAACUGCAUCGGAAAUAUGGCCCCAUCGUUCGAAUCGGUCCCAAUCACAUCAUGGUCGAUGGCGAGAUUGGUUGGCCGCAAGUGUUUGGACACAGGAAAGCCGACCAGUCCGAAUAUGAAAAGAUGCCCGUCACCCACGAGGCCAAGGCGGACAGUAUCAUCGUAGCUCCUAGAGAGAUUCACCGACGCCAGCGUCGCCAGUUGAACCAUGCAUUCAGCGACGCCAACCUCGCCGAGCAAGAACACGUCAUCCAGGAAUACGUCGGCCUGCUCCUCGAGCGCCUGCAAACCCGCGCUGAUAAGGCGGAAGUCGUAAAUGGGGUCAAGUGGAUGAAUUGCACGACGUUCGAUAUAAUCGGUGACCUGGCUUUAUCCGAGUCCUUUUCAAGCUUAGAAAACCACGCUGUGCAUCCUUGGGUCAGGUCCAUCUUUGAGAGCGUCCGCUUUGUCAUGAUUCGGCGAUUUUUUUCCCAUUUCCCCCUCUUGAGAUUGGUUCUGUCCAUGUUCAACGGCAAGUUUGGCACAAAGCAGCAUUCUUCGAGAAAUCACGCCAAGGACAAGGCGCGUCGGAGGAUGGCGCUGGGCCAGGACACCCCCAGCGGCCGCAGGGACUUCAUGACGUACAUGCUUCGCAAGAACAGGGAUGGACAGGUUGGCAUGUCGGAGGAAGAAAUCCUCGAGACGUCUGCCACUCUUGUUCUUGCCGGCAGCGAGACCACGGCGUCGGCGCUCUCUGGGUUCUGCUUCUACCUGGACAAGCAUCCCCAGAUAUACGCCGAGUUGACCAAGGAAAUUCGAACGGCUUUCAACUCAGAGGGGAAAAUUACAAUGCAAAAUGCUUCACGCCUUGAGUACCUGCAAGCUUGCAUCAAUGAGGUUCUCCGAGUUUACCCGCCUGCCGCAGAAACAAGUGCUCGCGUCUCCCCCGGCGACUUUAUCGAGGGAACUUAUAUACCUCCCAAUACAUUGGUUUCCGUCUACCAGUGGGCAACGUUCCGCAACCCCAGGCACUUCAAAGACCCAGAGUCCUUCGUUCCAGAGCGAUGGCUGGCACCCUCUCAUCCACUCUACGACGAGCGUUUCAAAGACGACAAUCACGCAGUAUUCAGGCCAUUCAGCCAUGGCUCUAGAGAUUGCAUUGGCAAGAAUCUUGCCAUGAACGAGCUGCGCGUCGUCAUCAGCCGCAUGCUGUACCGGUUUGACUUCGAGGUACUCGAAGGGCAAGAUGAUUGGCACAUGAAACAGAGAAACUUCAUUAUCUGGGACAAGGGCCCGCUGAUGCUUCGAUUCAAGACACGGCUGGAGGCUGGUGCCUAG